UUGGCGCGUUUUCCCGAUGGGACAAUUCUCAAAAAUGUCAAACAAGAAACUGCGAAGAGCUGGGUUAUCAAAGGAUAUAACAGAAAGAUUAGCUGUCAACAACGUGUUCACGUGCAAGGAUUUCUUGUCAAAAAACAAUUUGGAACUUCUGAAGCUACUAGGAUUAGGAUAUUACAGUUUACAAAAGGUGGUGAAGACUUGUUGUAAAGCUUGUGUUCCUGAAUCAAUCACUGCAUUAGAGCUUCUAGAGAGAAGAAAGUCAAAGAAUUUCUUUGAGACAACUUUACCAGACUUGGACAAAGUUUUACAUGGCGGUAUUCCUAUGGGUACAGUGACUGAGAUUGCAGGCCCUUCAGGAUGUGGUAAAACCCAGUUCUGUGUGAUGUUAAGUGUUGUAGCAACACUGCCUGCUAACAUGGGAGGUCUAGAUGGUUGUGUGAUGUACAUAGAUACUGAAUCUGCAUUCUCUGCUGAGAGACUGGUUCAGGUAGCACAGUGUAAAUACCCAGAAUACUUCAGCCAGGAAGACAGCCUUCUCCAACUUACAAGGAGUAUAUUUGUUGAUGUUCAACAGACAUGUUCUUCUCUUAUCAAAAGACUGACAUCAUUAGAAGAGGAGAUAAUUUCUAGGAAGAUAAAAUUGAUAGUGGUGGAUUCUAUUGCAUCAUUGGUUAGAAAGGAAUACAGUGGGAGUGGUGGAAAAAGUUUGAUUGACAGAACCAACUUCCUUUCACAGCAGGCAGCCAUCUUGAAAUAUCUGGCAGAAGUAUUUUGUAUUCCUGUUGUGGUAACCAAUCAGAUUACAACAAGAUUUGGACAGAAUCCUACACCUUCUGAUCUGGAGGAGGGAGGAGAAAUUGUACCAGACACAGAUAGUGGAUAUGUGACUGCAGCCUUAGGGAAUACCUGGAGCCAUAAUGUUAACACAAGAUUAAUUCUACAAUAUCUCGAAGGACAAAAAAGACAGGUUUUGGUAGCUAAAUCACCAGUGGCACCGUUUACAUCAUUUACAUACACAAUACAAGAUACAGGUAUUGUACAAGAAGUUGAUGGAGCUGGUCAUUACCAUGGAACAGAUCCAGGGAUUCAGAACAUUAGAGUCAGAUCAUCUUUACCACUAGAGUAUGCCAUGAAGAAAUGAUACAUACUGACCUAAAGACAGGGAUUCCAACAGAGUAACGUGAGGAGAAGAUUUAAUUAAGUAACGUACGUUACAUCUUAGUCGCAGAAAUAAUCGGACAGAGUCGUAACUUUAGGGAUACCUGCUGUAAUGGGACAAAGAACAAGACUUAAUCCAAACUAUGGAUCAGAUUAAUUGAUGUGGGUUAAGUAUAGUAGAAGUCUCGAGGCAUCGUAAAUAUUUGAUCGUAAUAUGUUUGUUGACAAUUUUUCUACGUAUUAUGAAAUCUUACUACAAUGAAAUACGACAGAAAGAGUCAAGAUCUUUGUUUAAGAGGAGGAUUAAUGUUUUAAUCUCCAGUCUAUGUGUAUUCUAAUGUUUAGAAAUCAUGAGAUUAGAGACGGACUUAAAAGUUAAAUGACACUAUGCCUUUGUUAUUAAUAAACGAAUAACCUUUCCAUCUAUUAUUUUUGUUUUGCCUUUAGCAUUAGUAUACUACUAUUAUUUUGUCUGACAGAUUUUUAGGUUAAUAGCUCAUAGUUUGUUUACUAUUAUGGGACGGUGUUGUACAAGUCUAUAUAGAAAUGAUAGUCUAUUAACUAUUCAAUUAGGCCACAUCAGUGGAAUAUCUCUUUUUAGAUCUUUAAAUUUUAAGGAAAGAAAAACAUAGAGGUUCAUGAACCAAAAUUUUCUUUAGUUUUUUUCAUUUGAAGGAAAUCUUAAUUGGCAUGUCUCAGUUUGAUAUACUGUCUUAUUAAAGCAUUUUUUCCUUCUAUUUUUGUGUGUUUUUGAUGAAAACUAUAGCAAUUAG